UUCAAGGACCAUGCACAGUUUUAAAUACUUCUUUUGUUUUUUGUUUUCUAUAGCGGAAAUUGUUGCCGAAGAUAAGAGAAUUCUUAUAAAUGAUCCUGAUGUCAUGACUCAAAUAAAACAAAUGUCAUUGGAGUUACAAACUCUUAAACAAAAAACUGCACAACUGGAACAGGAAAGUACACAAAAGUCGUCAGAAGUAAGCCAAAUGAAACUGGAUCUCGGAUCAGCCAAAAUUAAAAUAACACAGUUAGAAAACUCAAAUUCUGGAUUUGGUUCUGUUUAUACCAGAUGGGGAAGAAAGGAUUGUCCAUCAAACGGGACAGAGCUGGUUUAUACUGGAGUUACAGGUGGAGGCUUAUUUGAUCAUACUGGAUCAGCUGUUAACUACGUUUGUUUACCUCAUGACCCAGACUUUAUUCAGGGGGACACACCUGGUGGCGCUGCAACAAUAUACGGUAGUGAAUACCAAGACAAUUACUUCGGUCAUAAUUUAUUUGACAAUGAUGUACCUUGUGCAGUUUGCAGAGCAGUUACCAAGUCGUCUGUGCUUAUGAUUCCCGGCAAAAUCAAAUGUUAUGGAGACUGGCACUUAGAAUUUUAUGGACGAUUGGCAGCUGGAUACGAUAACCAUAACGCUGCAUCUGAAUUCGUAUGUGUUGAUCACCAGGCACAAUAUAUAGAAGGCGGUGGUGCUAAUCAUGAUGGAAAACUUUUCUAUAAGGUCGGAGCUAAAUGUGGGUCAUUGCCGUGUCCACCUUAUUAUGAUAUGGCACCGAUGUCUUGUGUUGUUUGUUCAAGGUGA